AUGUCAAUGUUCAGAGGUAUUACCAAAAUAUUAAAUAAUUACAGGCUUUUUAAUAAAAAUACUUCAGCAAAUAUUAAAGUAAAUAUCUUCAGGUUUAAUAAGACUUUUACCCAUUCUAUUCGAGUUAAAAAUUCCAAAAGUAAGGAACCCGGAGAGGUCAUAAAAUGGGUACUCUUGGUAAUGCCGGUAACAUCCUUUGGUUUGGGUUGUUGGCAAGUUUAUCGUCUGCAGUGGAAACUUGAGCUUAUAGAUAUGUUACAUGCAAAAUCUAACUCUGAACCUAUUGAAAUGCCUCAUGAUUUUAAAGAACUAGAAAAAUUGGAAUACAGACCAGUUAAAGUAAAAGGAGAGUUCCUACAUUCCAAGGAAACUCUAAUGGGACCACGUGCCCUUAUUGAAAAUGACGCUGGUUUAUCCAGAACAGGGUCACUCAUGUCAGACCCAAAAAAAAAUCAAGGAUGGCUUGUUGUUACUCCUUUCAAAUUAUCUGAUACUGGAGAAGUAAUUCUCAUAAACCGAGGGUGGAUUCCUACACAUAUGCGGCCAAAAGAAAGGCGUCAGGCAUCGUUAGUUGAGGGUGAAGUGGAGUUGACAGGAAUAGUCCGUCUUACAGAAAAACGUAAGCCAUUUAUGCCAAAAAAUAAUCCUGAAAAGAACUCUUGGCUAUGCAGAGAUUUAGAACAAAUGAGUGCUUAUUAUGACUGUGCUCCAGUUUGGUUAGAUGCCAAAGGCAUUCCUGAUCCUCCAGAAGGCUGGCCUCUGCCUAACCAAACAAGAAUUACCAUGAGAAAUGAGCAUUUUUCAUAUCUUGUCACCUGGUACAUGUUGUCUGGAUUCACUGCAGUUAUGUGGCAUCGUUACUUUAUAAGAAAGCUGCCUCUUUUG